UCUCAGGUGCACACGUGUUAGUCAAAAGCUUCCAAAUAAGUACUUACUUCUAUCCUCCCAGUGCUUGCGAACCUUUGGAUCGAUCAAGUGGAAACUUCGACCUGCAGCGUGUAGGUUUCGAUCGCAUUUAAAUACAUGCAACGGCUAUUUCGUGUGGUGUGUGGCGUUGGUUUCGAUUGGACUUCUUUGCGACCAUCACGGUUUUAUUACCGGUUCCAAACAUAAUUGGCAGCGGAGUAAUCGCGCGUAUGUAUAAAGAACAAAAAAAAGUGAAAGUUACUCUUUCAAAAAGAAAUCGAAAGGCGUUAGAACUCUAGGAAAACAAUCCUGAGUCAGAGAGUUGUGCAGUUGGUUCUGGCAGCUUUUUUUGCGUCUCACGAGUCUACAACUUAAUCCACCAUAAUGAGAAGGGAACGACUGCAAAUGUUCCUGAAGGAGAAUCUCCUAACAUUGCUUACCAUCAGCGGUGUCAUUGUUGGCAUCGUGCUUGGGAUAGGGCUACGUGAAGUUCCAGCGGAGGGAGAAAAAUGGUCGCCACGAGACGUUUCGUAUAUCAAUUUUGUCGGAGACAUUUUCUUGCGAAUGCUCAAAGCGUUAAUUUUACCAUUGAUAAUAACGUCGCUAAUUUCUGCCGUCGGUUCCUUAGACUUGUCAUUAUCUGGAAAAAUCGGUGGUAGGGCUGUGCUAUACUACAUAACCACAACUAUCAUGGCCGUUAUUCUGGGCAUUGUUUUGGUAACGGUUAUCCAACCUGGCAAAGGGGCGGAUGCUUCCAGCGGAGAAGUAACAGCUGAAACAAGAAAUGUCACAACCACAGACACGCUACUAGAUUUAGUUCGGAAUAUGUUCCCACCGAAUCUGGUGCAAGCAUGCUUGCAGCAAUUUCAAACAGUGCUAACGCCUCCCAAGAGUAACCCUAACGAACCGGAUCUUGAUAGGUGGAUCGUUGGUGGCAAGUAUACCGAUGGGAUGAACAUCAUUGGUCUAGUAGUUGCGGCGAUUGUGUUUGGAAUAGCUUUGAGUGCUCUCAAAGAAGAAGUACAAGUUGUGCUUACAUUUUUUCAACAGCUAUCGCAUGUGGUAAUGAAGGUUACUGGAUGGGUUAUUUGGUUAUCGCCCAUUGGUGUACUGUUUUUGAUAACGGCAAAACUCCUGGAAAUGGACGACCUCGGAGUCGUAUUUGGCAAGUUGGGUCUUUACUUUGCUGUGACUGCUGGGGGCAUACUAUUCCACGGAUUCGUGAUACUGCCGACGCUGUUUUUCGUUUUCACCCGUAAGAACCCGGUUCGGUUUGUGGCCAACAUGAGUCAAGCGCUUGCAACUGCUUUUGGGACAUCAUCCAGUUCAGCAACACUUCCGGUCACUAUGCAGUGUUUAGAGGACAAGAAUCACAUCGAUCCACGAGUAUCGCGAUUUGUACUACCAAUUGGUGCAACGAUUAACAUGGACGGCACCGCUUUGUAUGAGGCAGUUGCGGCUAUUUUUAUUGCGCAGCUACGAGGCUUAAGCCUAUCGUUUGGUAAUAUCGUUGCAAUCAGUAUAACAGCAACGGCAGCCAGUAUCGGGGCCGCUGGUAUCCCUCAGGCAGGUCUUGUAACGCUCGUCAUGGUCCUGGAUACAGUGGGUCUACCGGCGGAGGAUGUUUCACUUAUUAUCGCCGUGGAUUGGUUACUGGACCGUUUCAGAACGGUGGUCAAUGUGCUUGGUGAUUGUUUCGGCGCAGGUAUUGUUGCUCACUACAGCCAAAAAGAACUGGCUGCCAUUCCAGCGAAUGUUGUAAAUGGUAAGGUUCAACGAAACUCAGUGGUGCAUAGUACCGAAACGGUAUUGUUUGAAGAACGGUUGUAAUUGUAGAGAAUUAUAAAAUGUGGUAACCUAAUGAAUUCGGUACAGUUGACAAUGUAUCUCAGGCAAUUUUUCAGUUGUUUGUUCAGAAAGUGUAAGUGCACAUAUUCUCAUUUCAGAACUAUUAUUAUCGAUAGUGUUUCACUUUUUGGUUUUGCACUUCUUUGUGUGCCGAUUGAGGCUUGAACAGAGUGAUAAUUAUGAAUCCAAGGUCAAUUCAGGAAACGUUAGUAUUUAGAAGUGAGACUAGUUAUUAAUCCGUUAAUUAACAUACAUAUCAGUGAUAAAACUCAAUUUCAAAAUGUUAUUUUGUAUAAACUUUUAUGUCUCAUUGGUUUUAUUAUAAGAUAUAAUAUUAUGCGGUGCAACAUUACAUAAUAAAAAAUACUUUUCAACUACAAUUAUCUGGCCGCGAUAUAAUAAAUCUGAUACUACAGUACAAAUGCGAUAUGAUUCAUCCGUUAAAUCAACAAGAAGUAGGAAUUUACAAAAAAAAUAAAUUAUUAGUCGGGAAAAAAUAUUAAUCAAUUUUAUUACGUUUCAUUCUCAAAAUAUAUUAAAAAAAUUCAUCGUUUCUUUUUUUAAUAAUUUGUUUUUUAAAACUAUAAAAAAUGAAAUGAAAACGGAAAUCAAAUGAAAUGAAAAAAUAUAUUUUCAGAUAAAUUAUAUCACAAAAUUCCUCACCAGGCUUAGAAAAUCGAUGUAUUUGCUUCAAUCGUUAGAAUUACAUUAUCCCAGCUUAUGAAAGCCAUGUUUUCAAAAUUCCGUACACGAUCACAAAAAAAACAAUAAAUGCUAUGUCUUUUUUCUUUUUUAUUUCGACUAUGUUAGUCACAUUUUCUUUUCUACAUUUUAACGACAUUCAGACAUUAGCUAGAGAUUACUGUGUAGGGAAAGUUAUGAAAAUUAGAGCCAUAGUACUCAAUUGAGAGCAUGGAUGCGAAGCGAACAGAUCGGAAAACUAGAAGUGGCAGGGUCAUUAGAACAGGCUUAAUAUCGUACGGGCUUAUUUUUUUGUCUUCUGCUAAAGGAGGUCGAGCUUAGGCUGCAUAACUACGAAUCACCCGAGUUCACUAGCAUGUGUCCUGGUAUAGACAGACAGGGCAAUCUUUACCGUGACAACCGACAACCACGGUCGUCAUUUACAAUGUUGUCAUUUUCCAAUGUUAUCAACGCACUUACUGCCAAAAAAGGCCCAAGAAAUGGGUACUUUAUUAAAAAUGACCAAAUAAUUUUAAAUUUCAACUUUCAAUCACCAUAAUAGUUUAUCCUGUGCACUUUCACUUCUUUACUUCAGCACCGGCCUGACAAACAAUUUUUGAUCGAUUCUUGUUGAUUACAAUUGUAUCGGUAAUACAAAUGAUUGAACAAAAACUCUCCACUUAAAUGAAGUAAACAUCCUACCCUCCCUUUGCAAUAAAUAAAACAAUGGAAACGAAAAUCUACGGACUAUGUAUAGGUUAAAUAACUUGCAUAGUAUUGAUUACACUAGUUUGCUAGUGUGGGGUGAUUGCGCAAAAUUGAGUAAAAAGAUAUUUUCCAGGUCAAUUUUGGGUCACUGAAUACGAAAAUCGUAUCCAUUUUUAACAUAUUUUUUUACAAAGAUCAAAGAUUUUUGAGCGAGUUAGUAAAAUGACACAAUUAAUCCUCUGUUGGAAUUAAACGGAAGACAUCUACCUUAAAAGGAUUAAUUUCAAUUUUCUUUUACAAAUAAUCGUUUUUGAGAUGAAAAACGUGUUUUUUAUUUAUUUAUUUAUUGUCGUCAAACAAGAGUAGACUAUGCAGCACUAUGCAGCUUUUGGUCAAUAUGUCGGGAAUAUAUCUUCCGAUCGUUAUAACCACUCACUAUUAGGGUUAAGAGCGACCACAGUAAAAGAAAAGAUUUGUUUGGUAAUAUAAUUUAUUUUUAGUUGAUCUUUCAUAAAAAACACUUCAGGAAAAAAAUCUUUAUCAUACGUGGCAGAUAAACUAUUCACGUGAAUUUAAAUCCUAAGAUCAAAAUCAGAUAAAAACUGAUGAUGUAUUGAAGCACCGAGUUGGCCUUCCAUGGUAGAUCAGCGAAUGUUUUGCAUGUACAUGCACCGUAUUUUUAUUCUGUAUUCGUGUAAAUAAGAAAACCAAAGCAAAACGGCGGUACCAUCACAAUUUAUUUACUAAAUGUAAACAUGCUGUUUCAACAGACUUCGCAGCCCAGUCACAACAUACAGCAAAAAGCACAGUUGCACCCCGCAGUUUUUCAAAAAGACGAUGUUUAAAAUAUAAAGACACGCGGAGAAAAAAACAGUAAAUUUGGCUGCUCGGUUUUCCAAGAUAUUUUGUCUGUUAUUUUUGGCAACCAGGAAUAUUGCGUACACUGAGAAACAAAAAUAUGCCUAGUUAGCAUACUUUCUAUUCCCGUCUCUUUUCUUCUGCUGUGAUUUUUAUGCAUUUUCAUGCAUAUACUCUUAGUAAGCAUUCAAUGAGUGGAUAGACCGAAUAUGUGCAAUGCAUACAAUUUACAACAGAAGAAACGAGAGGCAGAUAGAAAAGUAUGCUAUCGAUGCACAAAUAAAAUUCUGCGUGUACAGGCAGAAGAAUCAGGCCUCUUUGAAACAACAAAACGUUUAGUCGAAUUGCAAACUUGACGAAUGACUGUUUCAAACUGAAAUGGGCGUUUCUCGAAAGCACGUAUUUGAUUUAGUUCAACAAAUACAUCUGUUUGCAUUUUAAAUAGAAACAUUGUUGAAACAAAAUAAAAUUUGUUAGAUCUAACUGUUCCCUUUGUUAAAAACC